AUGGCUGCUGUAGACGAACCAGUCAGGUCACAGGACCCGACACAGGACUCGGUGGCAGCUGGCGGCGAUGUCGCAGAAAGCACCGCGACCGACGCGCCGCCAGCCGACCCGCCAACCGAGGGGACUCAAGAGAAUGGAACUGCGGGGGAAACCCACGCAGACGUCGCGCAGCCUGCUCUCGACCCCGUCGACCCGUCGCCCCCUUCAGAUGAAAUUAAUGCCACCCAGGAUGGUGCUUCGGCUUCACGACACUCCUUAAUAUGCGACGGUGUAGAGCAGGUCCCUCCCCAGCCGCCUACCUCGACUGGGCAGGAACCAGCGACGGCGACGACGGCUUCGUCCAACAACACGCACGAGACCCACACCGUACAGGCAGACGAGUCGGAGAAGGAGAAACCCACGCUGACCAUAACGACGCCAAGGGGGAAGCGGCGGCGGGAAGCGCGGGAGGUGUCCGAGGGCGCACACACGGCAUCGAGCACGACGGAGCGGCCGUCGACGCCACGCUCGGCGCGCACCUCGAGCAAGCGCGCGAAGACGUCCCUCCUUGCGAGAAUCGUGCGGGCAUGCACGUCUUGCACGCACCCGUCCGGGCGCAACCACGACAUUGACCUCAGCGAGGGCGUGCGCGCGAAGGUGAGCGAGAAACAGCCGGUAAAGGACGGCGAAAUGCAGCCUGGGCGAGAUUCCUCCGACUCGGCGACUGCGCUCACGAUAGUCUCCCCUGCGCCCUCGGACGACACUGAUGUGAUUGUGCCGCCCACGCCCUCGCGCCUCCUCCCGCGUUCGGAGACGCAUGGUGUGACAGCAGGCGCGGUGCAGCCGCCUGGUUCCACUGGACACGACCUCGUGGUAGCCAACGAUCAGGGAGACGACUCUGACAGCUCGUUCACCGAAGAAGACGCCCUCAACCUAAUCCACAUCGACGCGGACACAGAAGAGCAGAUGCUCAUACAGAAGGGCGGAAACGGGAUACCUAUUGUUGACGGUAUCCUGCGGCCCUUGCUUCCGCCCAUAGCCCCCGAGUACAUGGGGCGCAAGUGCCUUGUACUCGAUCUCGACGAGACACUGGUACAUAGCAGUCUGAAGCCUGUACCGUCACCAGACUACAUCGUUCCUGUCGAGAUUGAGUCCUUCUGGCACAACUUCUAUGUACUCAAGCGCCCCGGGGUGGACGGUUUCAUCAAGCGGAUGGGAGAAAUAUACGAGGUGGUGGUAUUCACAGCGAGUCUCAGCAAGUAUGCCGAUCCGGUCUUGGAUAGACUUGACCCUGACCACUCAGUUGCCCACCGGCUUUUCCGUGAGAGCUGCUACAAUCACCGAGGGAACUAUGUCAAGGACCUCUCACAGCUCGGCCGCCCCAUCGAAGACACGAUCAUCAUCGACAACUCACCAGCCUCCUAUAUCUUCCACCCCAACAACGCGGUCCCCAUCUCGUCCUGGUUCAAUGACCCGCACGACACCGAGCUGACCGACCUCUGCCCGUUCCUCGCGGACCUCGGCGAGUCGGGGCACGACGUGCGGGGGAUCCUCAACCCCGUCGCGUAG